CACGGUCACGGUUUUCUUUCAUUGAUUGUUCAGCAAAACAAAACAAACCCAGUAAAAGAAAAACCGAAGUGGGUGUAAAGAGCAGUUGCAGUGAUGGAAAUAGCUGGAUGUUUUGAGAAAGAUAAAAAAAUUAAAAAUUCGCAGGAUUUCGGGAGGGAGGAAGGCAUAGAGGCUUACUUCCAGCUGUUUCGACCUGUAUACGUACACUAUACAUAUGCAAUCUUUUGUUUGUGAGGACUGAGGAGCAGCUUCAGACUCCAGUAGGAUUCUCAUGCCACAGUUCUUUGUGGUGUAAAGGAAAUAGAGGAACACAGAGCAGAGCUUUCACAGAAAUUAGGCAAUUUUGUAAUCCCGUUUUUUUUUUUAUUUUUUUAAGAAAAAUGGGUGCGCCUAUUCGUGGUCAUCCGUUUUUAGUUUUGCUGUAUUCUGCCGUCACACAGUGUAGUUUUUACUUAAGUUGUUCUUAGUCUUUCUGGUGCGAAGAGUUCCGAUUCAUAGGUGCUCUUUUUUGUAAUUUGUGCAGUAUAAUUUGUUUUUUUCCUUUUUUUUUCUGAUCUGGUUUUUUGUUGUUCAGUUCAUAGAUGUUGGAUUUAGCUUCCCCAGAUUUAUAACGAUAGUUCCUAACAAGCAUUUCAGAAAUAUUUCCAAGGAAGCUGAGGAAAUAUUGGAGCUGAAUAAAGAGUGUUGAUCUUUUUUUUGUUGUUUCCAUGUGGAAGGCUUAUUCUAGAAUGGUGUUGUUCGGUUAAAACUGAGUUUAUUUAGUUAUUAUUUUUUUUUUCUGACUUGGAUUGUGUGAAUUUUAACAACAUGGGUUCUUCUCUACAAUCCGUCGAUGAAGUUGUUGAAGAGAUCAUGAGGAUUCACAGAUCCCUACCCACUCGACCUGGUUUAGAUGAGGUUGAAGCUGCUAAAGAUUUGAUCCGGAACGUUGAGAAGGAAGAACAAAUGAGGUUGGAUGCUAUUUCAAAGCAGAGAAAGAGCCCCGAAGUCCCAGAAGAGUUGUUUUUUGUAUUGCAAGAGAUGCAGAAAAGCUUGGUGUACUUUCAGGGUAAAGAGCAGAAAGGAGAAGCUAUGAAAUUGCUGGAUCUCGAAACCGUUCAUAUUUUGUUUGAUGGAUUUAUUCAGAGAGCAUCGAAAUGCCUUACUUCUCCCUCAAAUUCUAGCCAAGUGGAAUACUCUAAUGGUUCCACUUCUGCAAUUUCAAGCAAUUUUUCUACAAAUGGUCUCAAAAUUUCGGUCACUUCUGUGGCUUCCUCUGGGUUAUUCUCUGAAAAAGAAUCGGUAAGAAGUUCUGGUCUGUUUACAAGAGAUGACAAUUAUGUAAAAAAAGCGAAGUCAGAUUUUUAUGUUGAUGGAGUUGGAGCUGGAGUGACGAUCCAAUCUCGACCCGAGAUUGUUGAUUUCUCACUCAAACCUCCAAGCAAUUCGGGUCAAGAGGGUGAGAAACUGAGUUUGAUAAAACUAGCCAGUUUAAUUGAGGUAUCUUCAAAGAAAGGAACACGGGAUCUGAACCUACAAAAUAAGUUGGUGGAUCAAAUUGAGUGGUUGCCUGAGUCAAUAGGGAAGUUAUCGAGUCUGAUCAACCUUGAUUUAUCUGAGAACCGGAUUGUAGCACUGCCAGCUACAAUUAGAGGUCUCUCUUCCUUAGCAAAACUUGACCUGCAUUCUAACAGGAUUUCUGAACUACCUGAAUCCAUUGGAGAUCUCUUUAGCCUGGUCUAUCUAGAUCUGAGGGGAAACCAGCUAACCUCUCUACCAUUUACAUUUGGUAAAUUAGCCCGCCUUGAGGAGCUUGACCUGAGCUCAAACAGGUUAUCAUGGCUUCCAGAUUCAAUUGGAACCCUUGUCAGCCUGAAGAAGUUGAAUUUGGAGACUAAUGACAUAGAAGAAAUCCCACAUACUAUUGGCCAGUGUACAUUCCUCAUGGAGCUCCGGGCAGAUUACAACCGGCUUAAAGCCUUACCAGAAGCAGUGGGACGGAUUGCGUCACUAGAGAUUCUGUCUGUCAGGUAUAAUAACAUUAAACAACUGCCUACCACGAUGGCAUCCUUGUCCAACCUGAAGGAGCUUGAUGUCAGUUUCAAUGAACUUGAGUCUGUGCCUGAGAGCUUGUGCCUUGUAACCACGUUUGUCAAGAUGAAUGUAGGAAAUAAUUUUGCUGACCUGCAGUCUUUACCAAGAUCCAUUGGGAACCUUGAAAUGCUAGAAGAGUUGGAUAUCAGCAAUAAUCAGAUACAUGUCCUUCCUGACUCUUUUGGGAUGUUGUCACGGUUACGUGUGCUUCAUGCUGAAGAAAAUCCUCUAGAAGUUCCACCAAGGCAUAUAGUAGAAAUGGGUGCACAGGCAGUUGUUCAGUACAUGGCUGAACUUGUUGCAAAGAGGGGUAUCAAGGCACAACAACUAAAGCAAAAAAAGUCUUGGACCCAAUUCUGCUUAUUUUCAAGAUCUAAUAAAAGGAAGCACGAUGGUGUGGAUUAUGUGAAAACAUGAAAUUUUGGAAUCUUCAGAGACACAGAAUGUGACUCAGUCUGCCAGAUGAAUUCAGAUGUUCAGUGGAAACUAUGGUGCUUGGUGUGACAAGCUCCUCAGACCAUAGAAGCCAAAGGGCUACCUAAAUAUGGUUAUCAUCUGUGCUUCUCGUAAUGGCUAGCUUGAAGUUUAAAUCUGAUUAAAUGAUAUUGGCGCCCAUGGCCUUAGAACAUCCAUAUGCAUUAGGAGAAUGCAUCUGAAAAAAAAGGAUGGAAUCUCCUAUCUUGGGAAUGAAUCAUGGCUAGGCAGCUGAACUGCAUUGAAGGAGCCCUCAUCAUUAUCACAUCAAUGGAAUGGAUAAAAAACAAGUGAAAAAUCCUCACAUGAUAAGCUGCUUCUCCUGAGUCCUGAUCAUCUAAUGGAGCUGAUUCAGAUGUUUAGUAAGAGCUGAGGACUUUCUUCUUCUUAAUGCUCUAGGAGCCAAUGUGGUCAGUAUAGCUGUGGCUAACACUACAACCAAAAUUCUGUAAAUUUGUCAUGUCAAUAAAGGCCUCAGAGUCAGCUUGAAACUCAAAGUUCAUAAAUCUACAUUGUGGCUAAUUAUUUCAAGCAGAGCUUGACUUUCUGGGUUCAUAAUGUCAGAAAAUCUAGAGACUUGGGAUAUAAUACUUACUGCUGGAUCUUCUUGCACAAAUUUUAGGAGUUAGGGUUAAGUUUUGAGUGGUAUAUUUAUUUCAGGAUGUUGUAAUUUCCAGUUAAGUUUUCUGAGGUAUUCAGAGGUAAAAUUUGACAUUGUUGAGUUUCCAUGACUAUGCAAUCAUGUCUCUCAUUUUGAUUGUUAAAAUAUGAAUGAAUUCCAAUUUUGUA